AUGUUAAUCAACAUAGUGAGACAUCGGACUGUGGAGGCGAGGAUUGGCGGAGCCCGCCUAAAAGCAACCGUUAGCAACGGAUGUCCUCAGGGUGGGGUCCUGUCACCCUUGCUUUGGUCCAUGGUUGUGGAUGUGACGGGGGCUAUCAAGACAGCGCCAACAGCGGCUCUUGAGGUCAUGCUAAGCCUGCCACCACUACCGCUCUAUAUAAAGGCGGAAGCGUGCUUGGCCGCUCUGAGGUUACGCUCAGCAGGAACUUGGAAGAUUAUUGAACCCGGAGCCGUUACUCUGUUUACAGAUGGUUCAUGUGUUGAGGGCUCCUCAGGAGCCGGCUACCACUGUCUAGAGCUCCAGUUGAGUGGAUCGGUGUCCCUUGGCCAUUACACCACGGUGUUUCAGGCUGAGGUCGCUGCCAUUACGCUGGGCACCCAAAGACUGUUGGAGGCCGGUAUUGAGGGAAGGAAAAUACAAAUCUUUUCGGACAGCAGAGCUGCAAUUCUCUCCAUAUCGGGCUGGAGAUCGCGAUCUGCUCUUGUCGCGGAAUGCCAGGAGGUAUUGGAAUUGACUUUCCGGCAAUGCGAGGUUGAUCUAUACUGGGUACCUGGACACCAAGGAAUUGAAGGCAACGAAGAAGCAGACCGCCUUGCAGUUGAGGGAGCAGGGGUUGACUUCGUUGGACCUGAACCAGUAGUCGGACUAUCCUCACAAAUGAGGAAGUCAAUUAUAUUAGAAGAUAUGAUCAAGGCUCAUCAGGCGUAG